AUGGUCCGCAUCGCCAAGGCCCUGGGUUUGGUCAUCCUGUGCGUCGCCGUGCUCAUACUGUCGCUCAUCAGCUAUGUAUCCCUCAGAAAAGACAGCCUCUUCACCUCCUCAAAAUACUACAUGGGAGGCCCGAGGAUUAUGUUUCACGCAGGUUUUCGGUCUCAGUUUGCAAUGAAUUUUCUGGACCCUUCCUUCAUCCCCUUAACCAACGCCCUAAAUGAGGAGCUCCAAGGAAAACCAUACAAAUGGAAAUUCAACAAGACCGCUUUUUAUCAGCAGAGGAAAGAUAUCUUCAGCUACAUUGACAUUCCCACCAACUUCUCACUCACAAAGAACAGCGUACGCGUUGGCCAGCUGAUGCACUUUGACUACUCCAGCCACAAAUAUGUCUUCUCUAUCAGUAACAACUUCAAGUCCCUGCUCCCAGACAUCUCUCCUAUCUUCAACAAGCAUUACAGCAUGUGUGCUGUGGUGGGUAACAGCGGCAUCCUGACUGGAAGCCACUGUGGCCCAGAAAUUGACCAGGCUGACUUUGUCUUCCGCUGCAACUUCGCCCCAACGGAGUUCUACUCCAAGGACGUGGGAAGGAAGACCAACCUGACCACGUUUAACCCCAGCAUCCUGGAGAGGUACUAUAAUAACCUGCUGACAAUACAAGAUAGGAAUAACUUCUUCCUCAACCUGAAGAAGCUUGAGGGCGCCAUUCUGUGGAUCCCGGCCUUCUUCCUCCAUACUUCAGCUACAGUGACCCGGACCCUGGUGGACUUCUUUGUGGAGCACAAGGGCCAACUGAAGAUCGAACUGGCCUGGCCAGGAAACAUCAUGCACGAUGUUAACAAAUACUGGAAGACUAAAAACCUCUCUCCCAAACGGCUCAGCACUGGAAUCCUCAUGUACACUCUGGCCUCCGCCAUGUGUGACGAGAUCCAUCUCUACGGCUUCUGGCCCUUCGGCUGGGACCCCAACACAGGCAAGGAUUUGCCUUACCACUAUUACGACAAGAAAGGGACCAAAUUCACCACCAAGUGGCAGGAGACCCACCAGCUGCCCACCGAGUUCAAGCUGCUCUACAAGCUACACAGAGAGGGUGUGAUCAAACUCAGCCUGACGCACUGCUCUUAG